AUGGCCGAACGCUACAUCCCAGAGCAUCGUCGCACCCAGUACAAAGCCAGAAACCAGUUCCGGCCUGACGAACUCCGCCGCCGUCGUGAGGAGCAGCAAGUCGAGAUCCGGAAGCAGAAGAGAGAAGAGAAUUUGGCCAAGCGACGAGGUAUCCAGACUCGGGAUGGCGGAAUCGGUGUCGGAGGUGGCAUGGCUGCCGCCGAGAGUGACGACGAGGCAAGCGCUAUCGAAAGUGAGCUCAAUGUCGAGCUACCAGAAAUGGUCAAGGGUGUCUUCUCCGACCAGAUUGAAGCUCAAAUCCAAGCCACAACCAAAUUCAGAAAGCUUCUCUCCAAGGAGCGCAAUCCUCCCAUUGAGCGUGUCAUCGAGACCGGUGUUGUCUCUCGCUUUGUGGAGUUCCUCCGAUCCCCUCACACCCUAGUUCAAUUUGAGGCCGCAUGGGCUCUGACCAACAUUGCAUCCGGAUCUGCUCAACAAACUCAAGUGGUCAUCGAGGCUGGCGCUGUACCGAUCUUCGUCGAGCUUCUCAGCAGCCCCGAGCCCGAUGUGCGCGAACAAGCUGUUUGGGCUUUAGGUAACAUUGCUGGUGACAGCCCUCAAUGUCGUGAUUUCGUCCUCAACGCAGGUGCUUUGCGUCCCCUCCUGACUCUGAUCAAUGACGGUCGCAAAAUUAGCAUGCUGCGCAAUGCCACAUGGACAUUGAGCAACUUCUGUCGUGGAAAGACUCCUCAGCCGGAUUGGACUACCAUUGCACCAGCUCUACCUGAUCUUGCCAAACUAAUCUACAUGCUUGAUGAUGAGGUCCUGAUUGAUGCUUGCUGGGCUAUCUCCUACUUGUCUGAUGGGCCCAACGAGAAGAUCCAAGCUGUCAUCGAAGCUGGCAUUCCUCGUCGACUCGUCGAACUUCUGAUGCACGCGUCCACUUCCGUCCAGACCCCUGCCCUCCGUUCCGUUGGAAAUAUUGUCACUGGUGACGAUGUUCAGACGCAAGUGAUCAUUAACUGCGGCGCUCUUCCCGCCCUCCUCUCUCUUCUAAGCUCAACUAAGGAUGGCAUCAGGAAGGAGGCUUGCUGGACUAUCUCUAACGUUACUGCUGGCAACUCAAGCCAAAUCCAGUCGGUUGUUGACGCUGGGAUCAUCCCGCCCUUGGUCCACCUGCUUGCCAAUGGAGACUUCAAGACGCGCAAGGAAGCCUGCUGGGCUAUCUCCAACGCCACCUCUGGUGGGUUACAGAAGCCAGACCAGAUUCGAUACCUUGUUACCCAAGGUUGCAUCAAGCCACUAUGUGAUCUUCUUGCAUGCCCGGACAACAAGAUCAUCCAGGUUGCCCUUGAUGGCCUCGAGAACAUUCUUAAGGUUGGCGAAAUGGAUAAGGAGGCUGCACAAUCUGGCGAUGCUCGUGUUAACCGCUAUGCGUUGUUCAUCGAAGAGGCCGGUGGUAUGGAGAAGAUCCACGACUGCCAGAAUAACGCCAACGAAGAGAUCUAUAUGAAGGCAUACAACAUUAUUGAGAAGUAUUUCUCGGAUGAAGAUGAAGCCGGUGGUGAGAUCGAUGAGCUUGCCCCUCAACAAACACAGACUGGAUUCACCCUGGGUGCUACCCAGCAGCAGCCUGGUGGAUUCUCGUUCGGCGGUGCCAACGGUGGCGACACCAUGGACAUGUAA